AUGAUUUCACAAUGGUGUGAGACUCAUGGUGUCAGUAUUUCGGAUCCUUGUGUUGACUUUUCAACAGAUGUAAGCACGUGGGAGAAUUCAUCUUCUUCGGUUACUAGUUUGAGCUCUAUGAAUAGUCUUCAAUUUUCGGGUGUUGAUUUCAGUAACUUAUCACCCAGUUCUUUGGAAAAUACUCGUGAUAUGGAUGUGGAAUUAUCUCAAGAUGAUUAUGGUACCUUAUCACUCAGUUCUUUAGGAAAUACUUGUGAUAUGGAUGUGAAAUUAUCUUCAGAACUUGAUGAUUCACUUCCAUGGGAGUUUCAAUGCAAAUUUAUUGAAGAUUUUAUGGUUGUUGAUUCAUUUCAUGAUUAUCUAAUCCCUAAACUUGUCGCCCUUUUUGAAGACGAAUCACUCUCAAGAUACCGCAUAGCAAUCUUGACAAAUCUAUGUGGGAAUGAAGAUAAUAAAAGCAUAAUUGCCGAGACCAAAGGGUGCGUAUCUUUUGUUGCUAGGGUUCUUGAAAGUGAGAGUUGUGAAGAGCAAGAGCAGGCUUUAGAGAUUUUUCUUUCGUUGUGUUCUCAAAGCAUUCAGUAUUGUAGAUUGGUGAUGGAUGAUGGGGUGAUUGAUAAUGUUGUUUCUAUUACCAUGAAUGCAAAUGAUAAAGGAACAACAAAAGUGUAA